AUGGCCAAAUACACUACCAACUUUGAUAAGCCUCCCGAAGAAUGGAGCUUCCUUGGCUUCUACCAACACCGCCAUAAUGAAAGGAACUUUACCUUUUCCUUCAUGAAAGAGUCGUAUAUCCUCAAGAAAUGCCUCGAGGAGCGCCAAGAAAUACCACUGGCCAAAAAGCUGGCAAAAUCAUUCAAGGACGCUCCGCGCGACGUUCCUCUAAUGCUCCGCAAUCAUCGACAGCGAAAUGAAGAAAUCGAUUCUUUCUGGAACAAAGUCGAAUUUGCACAUCUAGAAGAACAGAGAGCUUUGCGGACGAAACGAUGCCAUGUCAAUAUAAGCAGCAAGACGCAAGAUAUGAUGGAGAACAUAGCCGAAGAUACCGUGGAAGCACAUUUAUUAACAAAAAAACGGAGGAUUGAGGAAGAUGAUGAGAGCGUGGCUAAGCACACUCGUGAUAUUCACUCAUCGCUUGGGUUAGAUAAGACAGGAGUUUCUGGUGAAGCUAUGAACAAUACGUUCCCGAUAUCUAAGUAUCCAAGAGAUGGAGAAGACAGAAGAAGUAGUGAUAUGACUCAGUAUUGUGACGAUGAUUAUUAUAACACCUGCACUUCAUCAAAGCGAAUCGAGACAGAUGCGUCUGUACUUAAUCAGAUUAGCAAUCAAGAGACGAACAACGAGUCGAACGAGAUUGAAGGAGAUUCUGAUGGGGAAGUAGAUGAAGAAUUGGACGAGCAGUUGACGUUCGAUUAUGACUUUCUAGAACGAGAGAUAAAAAAAGAACGUGAAGUUGAGUGGGUUGCAGAUACGAUAAAUGUAACGUCAAAAUUUAAGAAAUAUCAAUUGGACCUCGUAUACGAAUUGAAGAAACGGCUUAGGAAGCUCACAUGGAAUGAUACAACUGACAUCUUAGCUAUAGCAUCGAUAAUGAUAAUUGAUUGGCCGUGUCGAUAUGAUUGUUUUACCUUCGAAGAAUGGAAGUUAAUUACGAACAACAACCCUUAUAAAUUGAAGAAACCACUAUUUGAUGAAUGCCUUUCUUCUUCAUUGAAUGAUGCUCUGUAUAAAAAAAGCGUUGGAUUCGAUGUCGAUUUCGAACCUAAGAAAGGUCUUAAAUACGGGAUUGUAAUUAAGAAAAUAUUUGAUUAUGUCUCUGACGACCUUCCAUUAUUUAGCCCGACCAAAACCUCGGAAGACGAACACCGCUUCCUCUUUCUUGAUCCAUUACUUAAACCGAUUUUCAGCAGGCCAUACACACCUUAUGAGAUCAAACUAAAUUGGGUUGUUAAUGCAUCUAAGAAACGCCCUGAUUUUUUAUGCCAUGUUGAUAAUGUGCCCAUACUAAAUUCAGAGCAAAUCACUCAAAAUCCUAACCCAAACAUCCAAGCUUAA